AUGUCGCUCCCGGAAGCCGAUGGUGAUAAGUCAGAGGAGGUUACGACAACAACGAUCGAGGCCAUAGCCAUGGGCUCAAGGAUGCCCAGCGGAUCUGCCAGUGUUGAAAUUGCCCCUACCACCGAGGGCGACAAGUUGAAGCGAAACAUCAGCAUUCGGCAAAUGAUAUUCAUGGCUUUAGGAGGCUCCAUCGGCGCUGGCUUGUUUGUUGGAUCCGGCGCGGCCCUUAGCGCCGGUGGACCGCUGUCUCUGGUCGCCAACUUUGCGAUUGUCGGUCUCGGUGUUACUUGUACGAUGGGAUGUCUGGGAGAACUAGCAGCUACAUUCCCAGUAGCCGGCGCCUUUUACGAAUAUUCUAGACGCAUGAUAUCCGAGCCCUGGGGUUUCGCCAUGGGUUGGAACUUUGUCUUUAACUGGCUCAUCGUCUUUCCCUUCGAGCUCACCGUCAUAGCCGCGCAGAUGGGGUACUGGGUUCCAGACCUGCAGCCGGCCUACAUUAUAACGCCCAUCCUUAUCACUUUGACGGGCACCUCGUUUCUCGGAUCCAAGUGGUUCGGCGAGUUCGAGCACGCCUUCGGCAUCUGCAAGGCCCUUGCCGUCACUGUCUUCAUCUUUGUGGCCAUCUUCAUCAUCACCGGCGCCGUGCCAUCAGACCCUCGACACGGAACGGGAGCCAAGUUCUGGCACGACCCCGGCGCGGUGAGCAACGGCUUUUCGGGCUUUCUCAUGGUAUUUCGCGUCGCCGGUAUGUCGUACGGAGGCACGGAGCUCCUGGGCAUGACGGCAGCCGAGUGCAAAAACCCGCAAAAAGCGCUCCCCCUCGCCACCAAGGUUGUCUUCGCCCGUAUCUUCUUCUUCUACAUCGUAUCGCUCCUUCUUCUCGGCUUCGUCGUGCCCUCGAACCACCCGGGCCUGGCUUCGACCGGCCACGGCGCAAAGUACAGCCCAUUCACGCUGGCAGCCGAGCUCGCCAACAUUCGGCACCUUCCAAGCUUCUUCAACGCCCUAAUCGUCGUCGCCAUCGUCUCCAUGGCCAACACCAGCAUCUUCGCCGCCAGCCGUGCAUUCCAGGCUCUCUGCGAGAGGGGCAUGGGUCCCCGCUGGGGCGCCACGGUCAAGUGGGGUGUGCCGGUGUAUGCCUUCUUCGUCACCUUCGUCUUUGGCCUGCUUGCGUUUGUCAACCUGGCGCCCGGCGGUGGUGCAAUCUUUGACUGGUUAUUGAGCCUCUCGGGGGCCAGCAACUACUACACGUGGGCCUCCAUCUGCGUGAGUCACAUUCGCUUCCGCAAGGCGUGGGCUGCCCAAGGACAUGACCAUAAAACGCUCCUUUGGAACAGCCCCUUUGGUGUUUGGGGUGCCUGGCUUGGAGUUGCAAUUUGUGUCGUAGGACUGUUCGCCAACGUCCUGACGGCGAUUUGGCCCGUUGAAAACCAUGAUGCUCAGGCCAUCAUUCGUGACAACAUAGGCACCGCGAUCCCAGUCGUUCUCUACUCUGGCUACCGGCUCUGGCAAUUCAUGAUCAAGAAGCUCAAGCAGCCCGUUUUGAUUCCUUUGGACCAGGUCGACGUGCGGACGGGCAUCCGCCUCUAUAUGGACAGCGCCAGCUCGGACAGCAUAGAAGCACCUGUUGGUGUAGCUGUCAAGAUAUAG